UUUCCUUCUGGGAAGUGACUUGAGUCGAUUGGAGAAGCAAAUGCACAAUUGAGUUAGAGAGGAUUGGAAUAGUCAUUGUUGACUACUGGCAAGCUACUGGGAACGGAGACCUACACAGAGCAGAUAGAUCUCUAAGCAGGCUUAUUUGUUAAGCCAUGUAAAUAGUUUUGGCAAAGAAUGAUUUCUGUGGCUCUUCUUGCAAAGUUCUGGCUUUUUUAUUCAGCCCGGGGCUGGGGAAAGUGACAACACAGCAUUGUAGAAGUGUCUUGAGAGGGGAGAUUGAUGAGAAAGUGGAAGAGGAUCCACACUGGUUUAGUGAAAAAGAACAUUGUUCAGUGUUUGAAAAUAUUUCCGUCAAGUUGUGGCGCCUCCCCUUGGGGAUUAACUCUUGAGCUUGAUGGCCUUUCAGGAACUCUUGGACAAAGCCGGAGGGCAGGGGCGAUUCCAGCUUCUUCAAAUGGCUUUCCUUUUAGCUUCCAUUGCUGUCGUGAACAUCCACACUCUGCUGGAGAACUUCACUGCGGCCGUUCCUGGCCACCGCUGCUGGGUUCACGUUCUCGACAAUGGUACUGUCUCUGUGAAUGGCAGUGAGGCCCUGAACUCAGACGAUCUUCUUAGAAUCUCCAUCCCUUUGGACUCACACCUGAGGCCAGAGAAGUGCCGCCGUUUCCUCCACCCCCAGUGGCAGCUCCUUCAGCCGAAUGAGACUUUCCCCAACAUGAGUGAGCCUGACACGGAGCCCUGUGUGGAUGGCUGGGUGUAUGACCGCAGCAUCUUCUCCUCCACCAUCGUGAAUGAGUGGGACUUGGUAUGUGGAUCUCGGAUUCUAAAAUCAGUGGCUCAGUUCAUUUUCAUGAUCGGAGGGCUGAUAGGAAGCCUUAUAUAUGGCCGUCUCUCAGAUAGGUUUGGACGGAGGCCGGUGCUCCGAUGGUGUUUCCUCCAGCUGGCUGUGGUUGGGACCGCUGUGGCCUUCGCGCCCUCCUUCCUCGUGUACUGCUCCCUGCGCUUCCUGACGGGCUUUUCCUCCAUGGGGGUUCUAGUCAACUGCGGCUUGCUCAUUUCAGAAUGGACGGUGACUGAGUCCAAAGCCAUGGUGACCACGCUGGGGAACUGUGCCUCUAGUGUUGGACAUAUCAUCCUGGGAGGCCUGUCGUACGCAGUUCAAGAGUGGCGCACAUUCCAGUUGGUGGUGUCUGUCCCCCUCUUUGUCUUCUUUCUGGCCUCCAGGUGGCUGGUAGAGUCUGCCCGGUGGCUGAUUGUCAACAACAAACCAGAUGGGGGCAUAAAGGAACUUAGAAAAGUAGCAUGCGUGAAUGGAAUAAAGAAUGCUGGAGAAAUUCUCACCAUGGAGGUUUUGAGAUUCACCAUGCGGGAGGAGUUGGAUACGGCUCAGACCAAAGCUUCUGUGUGUGACUUGUUUCGCACUCCCAACCUGCGCAGAAGAAUGUGCAUCCUCUGGUUUAUGAGAUUUACAACCAGUCUAGCCUUUUAUGGUUUGGCUCUCAACCUGCAGCACUUGGGGAGCGAUAUUUCCUUGUACCAGGUUCUCUUUGGAGCCGCCACCCUCCCAGCUCGAUGUAUUGCCCUUCUGGCAAUGAAUCAUAUGGGUCGUCGAAUAAGCCAGAUAUCGUUCAUGUUCCUGAGUGGACUUUUCAUUCUGGUCACUACAUUUGUGGCCCAAGAAAUGCCCACCCUGAGUGUGGCUCUGGCGGCUUUGGGAAUCUGCACCGUAUCAGCCACGUCCACCGGGAUUUCUGUCUACCGCAAUGAGCUCACGCCCACCGUGCUCAGGUACCAGCGAUGAGGGACUGACUCGCGGUCAGAGGCACAGACGUUAUCUGUCUGCUGAG